AUGGAGAAUUUGUUAGAGGACGAUUCGGAGAAUUUACUGAGGAUGAGCCCCGACGAGUAUUGGGUGGGAGACUUCAUGCAUAGGAAGGAAAACCAUGCCAUCGUCCGUGUCCCGGAUGAGUUUCUGGAGGACAGGUUUAACAUUAUUGGGCUGGACAGAUACAUAAAGAACCUCGAAGAGGUUUAUAGCUCUAUACUCGAUAAAGGUCCGAGAAGAGGCUUCAAAGAAGAGUCCUCGCUGUACUACCUGAUCCACCAGAGAUACAUCUUCACAAAACCUGGUCUCGAGGCUAUCUUGGACAAGGUGAUGGGCAAGGAGUAUGGGAUGUGCCCGAAGAUAGGAUGCAGGUCUGUUGGGAUGAUUCCUGUUGGACUGAGCGAUGGGCCGGGGAAGUCAUCCACAAAGAUUUACUGCCACAACUGUGCGAAUGUAUAUGAGCCCAGAGGCAGCCUCCGGCUGUUGGACGGAUGUGCAUGGGGAAGGUCGUUCCCUCACUUCCUGAUCCUCGCACACUCAUACCACUUUCCCUCUAGGGUGUGUGAGGAGUAUGUUCCGAGGAUCUACGGGUUCCGGAUAUGCUCCCAUGACGAUAACGAUUCUUUUUCCGAGGACAACUGA